UUUUUUUUGUUGUUGGUUUUUUUUGGAUCUAAACUGCAUACAUUUAUAUAUGGAAUAAACUAGCCUUUAGUGAGACAUAUAUUUUGGGGAAAUUGUUCGCGCAUGUCAUACGCGAAGCGAGCAACCACAAGUGACACGACUUACGGCGGCCACCAUUGUCACAGAAGCUAUCGCCAUUUCUAAACUUCCGGCUGGCAGCAACAUUAGAGACAUGACUGUGGCUAGACAUUUGAAUAUAAUCGGACUGUUCGUGGUUGAAAUAACAAAACUCAUUUGGUGAGCAGCUACAUUUCAAAUGGCAUAUAAUCAACAUAAGGAAAUGCUCAAGGUAGAGUUAUCUGUGGGUGCAGGAGUAGUCAUAAUGAUGGCAAAACAAUGUGCAACGACUGUGUCCAGAUGAACCAUUUAGUGGCAUGGUGACUUAAAAAGUGAUAUGAAGGAAGUUACAUGUUACAUCAUGACAAGAGAAGGUGAUGUUCUCAUUACAUCAUCAGUAGAUCCUGCACUGCUUUUCAACUCUUCCUUAGCAGACACAGGACAUGAGGAAGAUGAGUCAUCUGUUGACAGAAAGGAUGACACAAUCACAGACACACUAGCUGCAGCAGUAAUAGGAGUUCUGGCUUGCUUUGUCAUUAUUGUUCUUAUUCUCAUCAUUCGUGGCAUCUAUCGCCGGCGAACUCGGACACCUAGAAGAGAGGUGACACAAAUCACUGCUGUUUCAGCUGAUAUAAAUGAUGGCUUUGGUUCCGUUGGAGGUUAUGACAGCAUAAGACAUGUAAAUGACAGCAUCAGCUGGGAGCCGGUGGUAGCUUCAGACACAGGUUUCUCAUCAAGUGUAAGUUAGGUUGAUGAUAUCAUUUACUCCAUGUUUUGUUAUUUGAAUCUAAAGGUUAAUUAUCACUAUUCUGCUGUUUACUAGCCAUGGACAAGUUUGGUUACCAUUGAUACCUUAUAACUGACAGUGAAUGACUUGUGAUCUCAUGAUGGUGCUUCAGAGAUCAAUAUAUCUUUGUGAAGAAGAGACAGAAACUAGGUAUAAAGUCUGAUAUUCAGCCUUAAAGAAGUAACAAUGUAUAUUGACAAAAACAGUUGUGUUCCUGGUUAAGUCUCUUCACCUAACCGACUGGAUGGUGACUGCUUUGUGUUUUUGCCAUUCAUCUGCAUCAUAUUUUGUAUUUACUCUUGAUCUGUACUUGUGCUAUGCCAUUUGUCAUCUUCUGGAUCAUGUUUUUGUGCCUGUUCAAUGUUGCUUCUAUUGAUGGAUCACUUCAUUGACUAGCAGCUUCUACUGCCACAUCUUUGCCAUUUUGCUGCUGUUUUACUUUUUAGUCUGCUUAGAGAUUUGUUUUCUGAUCUCUUUUUUGCAAUUGCUCCAUGAAUUUUCUCACUGUUGACACAACUGCUUUGUCACUCAUCUUCAUGCAAGCUGGAAUUGACAGCCAUGUGCUGUGCAGUCUCACAUAUCUGUCGCCGUUGAAACAUGCUUUGCCUUCCGAGUCUUCAGUUCAUUCUUGAGCACUGUUACUGCUGCGGGUUCCACUCACUACCUCAGACCUGCCUUUUCUGCAUGCAUUGUCUGCCAGGCCUUUCAUCACCUCCGCAGGCUGUUAUCAUUGAUGUGGGUGAUCUACCUUUUGCUAACUAACUUGUACAUCUCAUUCUUUACGCUGGCUUGUUCAUAUUUACUCUUCUUUAGAGAAACUGGCUAUCGCCAUGUUGUUUACUGUUGUGUCACAUCACUGCGUCAUCUUGGUGUUUUGUUUUUUCAUUGGACUAUGACUUGAUCUUCCUGUGCAGUGCACUGAGCUUGUCUUUUCGAUGGGAAAGCGCAGUAUACAAGUGCACUCAGAUUAUUGUACAGCACUCUCAGUUCAGCUGAUGCUGGAGAAAGUCGCUGUAUAAAUGUGCUUAUUAUUAUUUUCUGUCUUGUGGUUAUAUGUUGAAUCUGUUUCAUUGGUUUGUUUGCUAUUAUGUUUUGGUCUGUAUCCAUAUGUGUCUGUGUUAUGUCAAUUUUGUAUCUGCUUUUUUGUGUGCAAAUUUCCCCUUCUUUUGUAAACAACAUUGAGCCUUCUGUUAAGUAGGGAAAUGUACUAUAUAAAUUCCCUUUUCUUAUUGUUAAUGCAUUAAUGUUACUAAAACAGUAUUUUAUUCAGCCUUCUUAUUCAUUAGUCAAACACCUUUGGCAGGUAAAUUGUUUAUGUUCAUAAAGCAUUUGUACUGAACUUCCAUCACACAAAUGCCAGUCGUGUCUGCUUGGGCGGUCUGGAGGCACAAUGGUUGACACCUGUCACCAAUACAGCAAGGGUUGGCUGUCCUGGGUUCAGCUCUGUCUCAGGCAUAGGUUCCUUCUCUGCAUGUGGCAUCUGUUUACAGGGCUGGUUGCCUUGUCGUGAUAUGCCUUAGUUGCUUGCUCUGCAUAAAACACCAAUUCCCUACUCCCCAGCUUUCUGCUGGUGAGUUCAGAGCUUGCUGCAAUUAUUGGGCUGUUAGGAAAUGUUUGUAUGUUUGAAAUUUAUUAUUGCAAGCAGAAUGGCUUUAUGCAAAAUGUUAUCUGGAUAAGUAACAUCUGAAUCAAGGACAAUAGUUUUGUGAAACAACAUUACUUUCAGAAGAAAAAGACAGCUGUUGUGUAUUCAUAGGUGCAAACAAAGUACAAGAAUGAACUUAAGGGAUGGUUUAGUGCCAACAAAUGAUUUAAACUAUGGUGCAUUUUUUGAGAAAAACAAAAGGCCUUGGUCCAUUUUGAAUGAUGGUGAUAGUUCAUGCAGGUCUUUAUCACUCUAAAGCAGUAGUGGUUCUUAACCUUGUUUGAGGUACCGAACCCACAAGUUUCAUAUGCACAGUCACUGAACCCUUCUUUAGUGUCAUCAGGUAUUGCGGGUGUGUCUUGACCUCCGUGGCGGAGGCUCCGCCGAACCCCUGAGACCGACUCACCGAACCCCUGGGGUUCGAUCGAACCCCGGUUAAGAACCACUGUUCUAAUCUAUGUGAUAAGAACAGAAGCUUUGGUACAUCUUGGGUACAUCAUUUAUAGCACAGAAGUGUCCCAGUCCUCUGUUAAUUUUGGCUGAAUUUAAAAGACACUUUUUCUUUCACCGAAUAUUGUGCAAAAUAUUGAAAAAAAAUCUCAUUUAAAUGAAUGUUUUGUUUUAUUUCAUAACUAUUUGAAUGAUGCCUAAUUUUAAUUUUACUGGUUCUUGGAAAUUAGGGUUGAGGAGUCCUUAGCAUUGUAUAGGGUGAUCCCCAGGUUGUGUCGACAGAAGACAGAUGAUUAGAAAGCUGCUAAUUUUUGCAUUCAUGAUAUUUUGGCAUGUUAUAACAUUCACUGUCAGAUUUUAACAAUGAAAUAUGAAGAUCAAAUUUUUGUUGGUAUUUUUGUUGACCUUGUAUUUUAAAUAGUGAAUUUGUGUUUAGUUUUGUGUCUUAACCUUUUAUCAGACAUCCAUAUGAGUGAUAUUGUUCACCUGCAGUAUGAUACUCAUGUUUGUUACUGAUGUCAUAUUAAAUAGCUGAGUUCUUUUAAUGAAAAGACUGCUAAAAUGUUAUAUUUUUGUGAGAUGUGUUUGAUAAAUAUUUUCUUUUUAUAUGUUCUUUGGAUGUACUUUUAUGCUAUAUACUCAAAUUCUUGCACCAAGGGCUGCUGUUGAGAUUUUUAAGGUGUAUGUUGGUUUUGAGUGGAUUUUGUGUCAAUGUCAUUAAUGAAAGCAGUAUAUCAGAUUACACGUACAUUUCUGAGUGAUACUCUACAAGCAUACUUCUUCAUUCAGCCCUGUCAUGGCUCGAUACAUCAAGCAGAUCUGCAUGACAGGUGCUUAUUUCUUGCAUCUCCCUCAGCUAUCAUGUUCCAUCCGUAGACAUUAACUGUCCAUUUGGUUUUAAAGAAUCUUUGUUGAGAUUUCAUAAAUUUCAAGCAGUGCAAUAAUAGUAAAAGUAAAAAUAAUUCACAGUAAUUUUGUGAUGUACGCUAUGUACAGAUAGAUUACCAUUGGUUGAGUGUUGUUUGAUAUUGUAUUGAUGGUGCCAAUGAUCAGCUGAUAUUAACAUUGUGUAUAUUUUUUUAAAGAAGUGUAUGAGUAAAUAUGUCAAACACACUUUAGAGAAUUUUCUUAAAGCAAAUAACUUUUGAGUGCAAUUUUAUUAAAGGUAUUCAAAUGUC